AUGAGGUUGCGAGAAAAGUUUCGUUUAUUAUUGACUGUAAAAUUUGACCCAAAUUCCGAUGAUCGUGAUGGAAAUUUUCUGGGUACCGGCAAAUUUUUGAUUAUGUUUAUUGGAAUAACGGGUACCAUUUGUUCCGGAAAACAUACUAUUGCUGAAUGGCUUGUUUCUGUGCAUGGAUUUACACCCCUCACUCUUCGAGGCAAUGACAAUUAUAGACUUGACGCGUUACACUUUGAAACGCCAGACGGCCUUUUAGAAUAUGUCACAAAAAAUUGGAUAGAUGAUUUUGUAACUUGCGAUAUUGAUACUCUAUACGUAUUAGAAACAUAUAGUCAAGAAUUAGGUCAUCAGCCACCAACUUUAGAAAGAUUCGUGAUCGAAAAUGAUAAGAGAUUAUUUAAAAUAGUCGCACCAACAAAUGAAUUUGUACAAAGUGAUCAAGAUCACGCACUAAAUUCGGAUGACUUUUCAGUCUCUUCAGUUUAUAAUCUAAUGAUUAUGGCCGAUCUCACCGUCGUGAAUUCUUUUUUAUCAUUACAGCUACUCUACGCGCAUCUUCAUGCUCUCAAUAUUACUAAUUCUGAGAGAUUGCGACCUUCGUGGGACACAUAUUUUAUGCAUUUAUCAGAUCUGGCAGCAUUAAGAUCCAAUUGUAUGAAACGUAGGGUCGGCUGUAUAUUAGUUAAAGACUUUAGAGUAAUCGCGACUGGAUAUAAUGGUACAGCAAGAGGUCUAAAGAAUUGUAAUCAAGGUGGUUGCGAACGUUGUAAUGACGCGGUCCCAUGUGGAAAAGAAUUGGAUACAUGUUUAUGCUUACAUGCAGAAGAAAAUGCAUUAUUGGAAGCCGGAAGGGAAAGAGUUGGACGAGGUAGCAUUCUUUAUUGUAAUACGACCUAUGGUAUGGAUGAUUUGACCUCUAAGCUUCUUAAAGAAGCUGGCAUAAAACUACGACAACAUUCGCCACCGACAAAAAGAUUAGUAUUGCAAAAAAAUGAUUAUAUGAGUGGCAUCACGAACAUUGGUGAUAUUAUGAUGUAA